GUAGAGCCUUCCGGCGCCGUCAAGGGCAUCGAAAACUAACGUUAGCUAACCCUUAGCAGCUGCCGCACACACGUGUGUUUACAGAAGGUCGAGUAAAGCUGCCGUUUUCGGCGUCGACACCGGUGGAAAAUGGACGGGUUCGGGUCAGACUUUUCAGCCGGAGGAUCAGGAGGUAAAGUGGACACCGGCGUCAUCAUGGAGCAGGUGAAGGUCCAGAUCGCGGUGGCUAACGCUCAGGAGCUGCUGCAGAGGAUGACAGACAAAUGCUUCAAGAAGUGUAUAGGAAAACCUGGAAGCACACUGGACAACUCUGAGCAGAAAUGUAUUGCCAUGUGUAUGGACCGGUAUAUGGAUGCCUGGAACACCGUGUCCCGAACGUACAACUCCAGAUUACAGAGGGAAAGGGCUCGCAUGUGAACGUCCCUCUCUUCACCCUUACCCUUCCUCAGACCGUCGCUUACAGUGAGGAGGAGCACAGUGCACCGCCAGAGGUCACGAGCACGUGCACAGGUGUGUGGAGGCACCAGCAGCAGCACACCAUCAACUGUCAUCAUACCUCACAGACAGGCAGAGAGAGCCUGUGGACUCUAGCCAUAACAAUGUCUCUGUGGACAUUUUCAUUUUGCUCUGAGGAACAGUUCAGUAAGCAAGUUUGAUUAAUUAUGUUUUUAUGUCAUUAUUAUUGAUUUCAUUUCUGGUUAACAAGUAAACAUGCAUUGUUAAAAGCUGCAGUGUGGACACGUAAAUCUGAAUCUCUGAAUCGCCCUUAAGACUGAACGUGAGUGUGAAUGUGUCUUUCUAUACAUGUCAGCCCUGUGUCUUGUGCAGGGUGUACUCCACCUCUUGCACAUUGCAUGGUGGGAUAUGCUCUAGCCUCCAGUGCUCCUGAAUAGGAUAAGCAGUAUAGAAAAUAAAUGUGUUAAUGCAAUAUCAUAAAUGAGUUAACUGCAGUACUUUACCCUUUGUUUGUUUGUAUUUACAACAGUAUGUGUGGCCUGAGUAGAAACACUUUGCCUGACAUCAAACUAAGGUUGAAUGUUUCUUGCUUUCAAUUGCCUGUAUAAUUAGGACACAUGAUACCAAUAACCGUAAACAGGACCUAGAUUUCUCCAGUCACUACAUUUUCUCCUCAAAACACUGUCAGCAGUGUGCCUGUGUUUGUUUUCCAUACUCAGACUCAGUAUUUGUACUUAGAGAAUAAGCAGCACAACUGGAGCCCUUAAGGGACAAAACACAGGCUUUUCCUUAACAUGCUGUUGCUCUAAAAGACCUACUUAAAAAUCACCAGGAAGAAUUGAGGAGCAACUUGGUGUUUUCACAAGCGUGAACCUGACAUUCACAAGCCUCUAAACAGUUAGAUAUCAAAGUACGCCCGGAGAACAAAACUGUUUUGUCUGACCUGUUUUCUAGUUGUCACUCUAUAUGCCGCCCUCCACAGUAGUGGGCUUGUUUCAGCAGGGUCUGCCUUGCUGUAGACGGGGUACUGAACCUUUCUCAGUUUUGUGGGAACCAGGAUCCUUUUUUUUUUUUUUUCUUCCUUAUCCUGCUGAGUUUGUGUAGGGGAAGUAAGAACCAGAAAAGCAUGUGAACAGUAUUUGCAGUGUGACUGUGAGCAAAUGGAUUAACUUUCAUGAGAAUAAAACUUGUCAAUCAGA